CAGGGUGUGCAGGAAAUAAGUCACGAAAGACAACCUACAUCUAAAAUAGGAAGAGACAGUGAGCCUGUAGCUGUGCAAGGUUACUCUCUUGCUUCCUCCUUUGUACCUAUUCACACAUUACCGGAACACUGCAAUAUUGAGAGAGUAUAGACAAUGCACGAUAACCUGCUGCAAGUGCUAGUGGUGGUUGUGGGUCUCCUCACAUGUCCGAGGGAUGACCCCAGGCUGGAGGAGGAAUGGGAUGAUACGGUCACAGUGGGCAUGCAAAAACAUGAUGAGAGGCUGCUGAGGGAGGAAGAAAAACUGGACCAGGAAGUGGCACCUGUCAGUGUGAAAAUGACACAUACUGAAGACAGAGGGCCUCUGAAUAACAGAAAAGACAUCCCCAAGGAGUUAAAUCAGGAGAAGCAUCUCUGUCAGAACGCCACCACCAACAUGCCAGAGAAUGAAACUUCAGAGAAGGCGUUCGCUGGCUGGAAGGAGGAUUACCUCUGGUACAUAUGGAACACAUUCUCUGUUAUCUCCAUGAUCCGCUUCUUCAGGAAAUACUUGAGAAAAAAUUCCCAAAUGACACAAGACGAAGCCAGGACCUUCCCGGUGACCUGCAUCGCUGGUGAAGUGCCACUACCUGACAGCGACACUCUGCAGAGUUUUCAUUCUAAAUGUGUUCAAGUCUCACCCAAUAAGAAGUGGAGGGAGGAUGAAUUUUUGGAAGGGUUUGCGAAUGAGAUGGUGGAGGCCAUGAGGACCAUCUGUGAUAGAAAUGGAGGUAUGGUGAUCGAGGACUGUCAGAUGUCAGAUGCAUGUGAUAUAAUUGUUCCCUUUAGACCACCUGAGCCGUAUAGUUUUCAGUGCCUUCUUCGGAAUAACCAAGCGAGUGACCUGCUGCCAGAUAUGCAAGUCUGUGGCCAAAUAAAAGUGGUGGAAAAUAAGAAAAUCCCAAAUGGCUGCCCAUGCCAGUCUUCUGAUGCAGAUGAUGAUAUGGUUUGCCUGCUGCAUUGUGAGAAUGAGAAAGUAAAGAUAGAAAUCACUGAUGUUUCUGAUGGACUUCUUUGCUCAAAGAACACACCUUUCCUGUCAAAAUCACGGGUUACCAGAUGGUUUCAGAGCACUAUAAAGGAAGCAUGGGCACAGAUUUCACAUAAGUUUGAGUUUGAGCUCAGCAUUCGCUACAUGGAUGCUCCAGGUGCUCUGGUUGUUCAAUUCAGAUCAGGGAAGAGGGUUAGCUUCUGUAUGAGUCCUGUUAUUAAACACCACACUGAUGCUCAUUUCUACAUUACACCUUGCUUUGGAAACAAUUUGGACACUUUCUGGACACUCUCUCUGAAUAUCUAUGAAAAUAACCUCUUAAAAUGUCUCUCUAAAUGCCUGCCUGAAAACUCCUGCCAUAUUCAAACUCUUGACAUUGCACAUUUCCUUAACAAGAGACAGACAGCACUAUCAGGAAGUAGCGUACUCAAGGAUUUUCAUUUCAAAACUGCACUAAUGCAUCUGCUUCUAACCAAAGACUCAUCACAGUGGAAACCAAACUGUGUGGCUAGUAGGCUACGAGACUUACUGGACUUUGUGGAGAGAAGCCUUGAGAAAAGGCUCCUGCGUCAUGUUGUUGUUGGGAACCCUUUAACUCAGAAGAUUAUUCAGCUCCCUGCUGAGUUUAGUCAAGCAAAGCCAGUGAAUCUCUUCCAUCCCCUUGUGGUACAUAACUGCAUCUACAGAGAUGCUCUGAUGCAUUUCCAGGAGGUGCUUAGAAAUGCACACAUGCUGAUACAGGAUUACGUUGAUAUGUGUAUUGACAAUGGCAGCCAUUUGAAAAAUGAAUAGUUUUGAAGACUUA